AUGUUAAUUUGUUUUCUUGGACUAUCUGUACACUUGAAAGCGGAGUGCAGGGAUAAGCUCUCCUUGCUUAUCAAGCAGUACAUUAUGAGCCUCCUUAAGGACAAUAUGGAGGAGUCAUAUGGAUCUGAUUGGCCAACAGAACAAAAAGUCAAGCGCAGAGAAAUGGUUGUCCCGAAAGCACGCUAUAUAUUUGUGCAUGAGAUUCCAAAUGAAUGUUCCUAUAAGACAGAAAGGGAACGAACUUAUACGAGUUGCAUAGAAGAUAAGGAUCACAUGGUUGGAUUUGUAUACUACCGCUUUACUCUAGAGGAGGAGAUACCUAUUCUUUAUGUAUAUGAACUACAGCUUGAGCCUCGUGUCCAAGUGAAGGGGCUGGGGAAAUUUCUAAUGCAACUAAUUGAGCUUAUUGCUCAGAAGAAUCGCAUGGGUGUUGUGAUCCUAAUUUUUCAAAAAACAAUGAAUUUCUAUCUAAACAAGUUGAGAUACGUAAUAUCAGCUGUUUCACCAUCAAGAGUUGAUCCAUUGAUAGGAGUUGAGAAGUGUUAUGAGAUUCUUUGCAAAACAUUUGGUCAUGAGGCCAAAGCUAUCCUGGAGGCCGAAGUAGCAUAUGGGACUUACCUUGGUGUAUUGGUGCCGACUUCUAUGUUACUCAGGUCACAAGUGAAUGAUCGGGUGGCUCUAGCCAUUAAACUACAUAUUGCUGCAAUUAUCAACGGGAGCUAUUUUGUUCCAAAUUCCUCUUCUGUGCAUCAGAGUUGA